CGUCUUUCUUUUGCAAUUUACAACAUGUCAAUAAUCUGUCAAGUUGGCUAGACUCCGAAAUCAAACCAUUAUUUUGAAUUAAAACCAAUCAAUUGAAUGGAGCAAUGCUGCGUGAUAGUAUCAUUUAGUUAAAAUUUGGCAACUGCGUUAGAAGCCGUAUCAAUUAAUAGAAUUUUUCAUAGCGACAUCGAUGGUAAAGAUGCAGUCGUCACUAGAUGAUUUAGUUCAGUAUACACAGCUUUUCAAGCCUGUUCCGACUGUUUUACAAGGCACGGUUUUGCCUUUUCUAUUUAUUUACCCUCUGGUUUUUUAUUCAUGGAUCGUUGUGUACGGUAUAGAAGAUAAUUUCGAGGCAGGAUUCGUGACUGUGGCUGUGAUAGCAACAGUUCAGAUCCUCAUAUGUUUGUGUUGUUACUGGAGUGUUCAUAUCAACUGCUUCCUUUCUUGUUCAGCGGUUAAAGAUCCAAUACAAGCUGAGGUAGUCAAGGUUGUACCGACUUCUAACAAUGGAUCAUCUGAGCUUGUUCGACUACAUCAUACAAAGUCAACAAAAAAAGACAGUAUACACCCAGAUGUUUGGUUCAUAUUUCAAAAGAGUAAAUAUGUGUAUGACUGGGAUAAAAAGAAUUUUCACACCAUAGAAUUUCCUAUCAAUAAAAUUUAUGAAGAAUAUAUGGAGUCCAAAGGAUAUUCUGAUGAUGAGGCUAUUGACUUAGCAGAAAAGGAAUUUGGUAAAAAUGAGAUGGUUAUGGUUGUUCCGGAAUUUAUGGAACUUUUUAAAGAGAGAGCAACAGCACCAUUUUUUGUAUUUCAAGUAUUUUGUGUAGCUCUGUGGUGUUUGGAUAAGUAUUGGUAUUACUCAAUAUUCACACUAGUGAUGUUGGUUAUGUUUGAAUGUACAUUGGUGCAGCAACAGCUCAGAAAUAUGGCUGAGAUCAGAAAGAUGGGCAAUAAGCCUUACAACAUUAAUGUAUAUCGAAACAGGAGGUGGAGACAAAUAACAAGCGAUCAGCUUUUACCGGGUGACAUAGUAUCCCUCACAAGAUCCGUCAACGAAAACCUGGUCCCUUGUGACAUAAUACUCUUACGGGGGUCCUGUAUUGUAGAUGAGUCCAUGUUGACUGGUGAGAGUGUUCCACAAAUGAAAGAAGCUUUGGAAAAUGAAAAGGACCUCCAGCAACAUCUAGAACCUGAGGGUGAUGGUAAACUUCACAUGCUUUUUGGUGGUACUAAGAUUGUACAACAUUCCUCACCAUCCAAAAGCUCACCUUCAGGGCUUAAAGCCCCGGAUAAUGGUUGCAUUGGUUAUGUUAUACGUAAUGGUUUUAACACAUCACAGGGUAAACUGCUAAGAACCAUUUUGUUUGGAGUGAAAAGGGUCACAGCUAAUAAUCUUGAAACUUUUGGAUUCAUAAUGUUUUUGCUUAUAUUUGCUGUAGCUGCUGCGGCCUAUGUGUGGGUCAAGGGUUGCGAAGAUCCUGAGCGAAAUAGAUACAAAUUAUUUUUGGAAUGUACUUUAAUAUUGACAUCGGUUGUUCCGCCUGAACUGCCCAUAGAGUUGUCUCUAGCAGUUAAUACGUCAUUGUUGUCUUUAUCGAAAUUGGCCGUAUUCUGUACAGAACCAUUUAGGAUACCCUUUGCUGGUAAAGUAGAAAUAUGUUGUUUCGAUAAGACUGGAACAUUGACAAGUGAUAAUUUAGUUGUUGAAGGAGUAGCUGGAAUAGGAGAACACAAAGAUGCAACAGUGGUUCCCCUUUCUGAAGCUCCAAUGGAGACUGUUCAAGUUUUAGCAUCGUGCCACUCUUUAGUUCAACUUGACGAUGGAAUUGUUGGGGAUCCAUUAGAAAAAGCUACAUUGAAGGCAGCAGAGUGGAACCUCACCAAAAGCGAUGCUGUAGUACCAAAGAAGGGGAAGUCACCUGGCCUGAAAAUUGUUCAUAGAAAUCAUUUUUCUAGUGCUCUCAAAAGAAUGUCCGUGAUAGCAGGUUAUCAGAUCAAUGAAAGAGGUUUUAUUGAGACUCACUACAUCAGUAGUGUUAAGGGUGCCCCAGAAACAAUCAAAUCGAUGCUUAAGGAUGUCCCUAGUCAUUAUGAUCAUGUUUAUCUAACGCUCUCGAGGAGAGGCGCGCGAGUUUUAGCUCUGGGUUAUAGAAAUUUAGGAAAAUUGACAUCUCAAGAGAUAAGGGAUUUAUCCCGGGAUGACAUUGAAUGUGACCUAACGUUUGUAGGUUUCGUCAUAAUAUCAUGUCCAUUAAAAACGGACUCAAAGAAAGCUAUAGCUGAAAUUGUUCACGCUUCGCAUUCAGUCGUGAUGAUAACGGGUGAUAAUCCGCUGACGGCGUGUCAUGUAGCCAAAGAAUUAAAAUUCAUCCAAAAAGAGGAGGUUUUGAUAUUGACCGAGAGUGAUGGGGAGUGGGCAUGGAAAUCAAUUGAUGAAGAACUAAAUCUUCCAGUGCAACCGUCUCAGAAAACAAAAUCGUUGACCUCGAAAUUCGAUCUUUGCAUAACCGGUGAGGGUCUGACUUUCUUGAAUGAAAAUCAUCGUAAGUUUCUCCUCGAAUUGAUGCCGCACAUCAAGGUUUUUGCCAGAUUCGCGCCCAAGCAGAAGGAAUUCGUAGUGGUCACGUUAAAGUCUUUGGGAUAUACCACGCUCAUGUGCGGCGAUGGAACUAAUGAUGUCGGAGCGUUAAAACAUGCUGAUGUCGGAGUGGCUAUUUUGGCUAAUGCCCCAGAACGAAUCCGCGAGAAACCUCGAGAGGAACGUCCUCCGGAGCCGGAGCGGGGGCGGCGCCCGAGGGACCCGCGCGCCGACGCACGAGCCGACGCCGCCGCCAGAUUCCGCCGCGCCAUGAAGGAACUCGAAGACGACGACCAACCGCAGGUGGUGAGGCUCGGAGACGCUAGCGUCGCGGCUCCUUUUACCAGCCGACUCUCAAGUAUACUUUGCAUUUGUCACAUCAUCAAACAAGGCCGUUGCACGCUGGUGACCACGCUGCAGAUGUUCAAGAUCCUAGCGCUGAACGCUUUGAUAUUGGCGUACAGUCAGUCCGUGUUAUAUUUAGACGGAAUCAAAUUCAGUGACACCCAAGCGACGUUGCAGAGUUUGUUGUUGGCGUCGUGUUUCUUGUUCAUUUCGAGGUCUAAGCCAUUGAAGCAGUUAUCCAAAGAGCGUCCAUUGCCAAAUAUAUUCAAUAUGUAUACUAUCAUGACGGUGCUCAGUCAGUUCGCGGUCCACUUCCUGUGCCUCAUUUAUUUGGUGCACGAGGCUACAGUGAGAUCUCCUGGCCGGGACAAUAAACCGAAAUUAGAUAUGGAUUUAGCUGAAGACGAAGAUCGAGAAUUCGCUCCAGAUUUACUGAACAGCACCGUUUAUAUUAUAUCAAUGGCGUUACAGAUUUCCACUUUUGCUAUCAACUACAGAGGUGAACCGUUCAUGCAAGGUUUGAAGGACAACAAACCAUUACUGUACAGCAUUGUGAUAUCCGGAGGGGCGGUGCUUGCUCUCGCAGCCGGGAUAUUCCCUGACCUCUCCAACAUGUUCGAAAUAGUAUACUUCCCACCGGAUUACCGGGUGAUACUCGUGCAAGUUUUGAUAGCUGAUAUGUUGUUCGCGUAUUUGGUGGACCGUUUCUGUUUGUUCCUCUUCGGGGAAGGGCGGAUUCCUAAGACGUAAUUAUGAAACGCGACCCUUCGAAAUCAUUCCCUCGGGAUUAACGAUAGUAUCAUACGUGUAAAUGAAUUAUAACAGUCUUCUGAAUACUGACCUCCGGGACUUAGUGUAAUCGCUCAAAUAUUUUGUGCAUUUAAAUGAAUAUGUUGAUGGUAUUUAUUAAAUAAAUAUUUGUGUAGUGA